UAUACCCAAAGCAUGGAACCAGGAAAUGUUACGUGGCCUUCAGAAUUUCUCCUUCUGGGACUCUCAGAGGACCCAGAGCUGCAGCCCCUGGUCUACGGGCUCUUCCUCUCCAUGUACCUGACCACGGUGCUCGGGAACCUGCUCAUCCUCCUGGCCAUCGUCUCCGACCCCCACCUGCACACGCCCAUGUACUUCUUCCUCUCCAACCUGUCCUCUGUGGAUGUGGGCUUCACCUCCACCACUGUGCCCAAGAUGCUGGUGAACACCCAGACCCACAGCCAGCUCAUUUCCUACGCAGGCUGCAUCACCCAGAUGUACUUUUGGAUGCUUUUUUCAGGGCUGGACAUCUUUCUGCUGACGGUGAUGGCCUAUGACCGCUACGUGGCCAUCUGCUACCCCCUGCACUACACGGUUAUCAUGCACCGCUGGCUCUGUUUGUUGUCGGUUCUAGCCUGCUGGAUCGUGGGUGUCCUGAUUUCCCUGUUACACACCCUCAUGGCUUUGCGUCUGUCCUUCUGCAGCCACUUGGAAAUCCCACACUUCUUCUGUGAACUGGAUCAGGUGGUCCACCGUGCCUGUUCUGACACCUUUCUCAAUGACAUGGCCAUAUAUGUUACUGCAGUGCUGCUGGCUAUCUGUCCCCUCGCUGGCAUCCUGUUCUCUUACUCUAAGAUAAUUUCCUCCAUACGUGCAGUUCCGUCAGCUCGGGGGAAGAACAAAGCAUUUUCCACCUGCACCUCUCACCUCUCGGUGGUCUCCCUGUUUUACUGCAUGCUCCUGGGCGUGUACCUGAGUUCUGCUGUCACCCAAGACUGGCGCUCUACUGCAGUCCCCUCGCUGAUGUACACCGUGGUCACCCCCAUGCUGAACCCCUUCAUCUACAGUCUGAGGAACGAAGACAUCAAGAGAGCGCUGAGAGGACUUCUUGGGAGGGCAACGAGCAGAGGACCAGCUGGCCCACCUCGGUAGAAAUGCUUCUCAUUUCGGGCCUCAAAUUUUGGAGUCAGAAUUUUGAUCCUUUGAUCAGAUUGUGCAAGACGUUUUUCCCUUU